CUAAAACGCUUCUUGGAUUGACCAGGAAACAUGGCUGAAGGAUGCCGUGCUUGGCUUGUUCCCAGAUACGCGAGAUUGUUCUCCAUCUUUGGUAAACUUUUUUCGCAGCGAAAAGCGAGCUUCUGGAAACAUUCAAAAUAAAAGAGCUCCACAGACUCCAUCGGAGUUGAACCAUAGAUCACUUUCCCCUGCUAUUCCAUUGCAUAAUCGAGCUCUUGAGGAAUCAGUUUCAUGUACAGAUUUAUCUCGACAUCUUGGCUCAGCGGUAAAGCAGUUAGCUCCCUCCAAUUUGCAGGGCCCAUUCAUAGAAGGCAAGACUGACAGUGGAAGCAAUGGUAGCAAACCAUCGGUUCAAUUGAAAAGAAAUUUUGGUGCACAUCACAAAAAGUUUUGGGAAAUAUGGUUAGCCCCAAAUAACAUGGCUGGAAAGAUAGUUUUUGUUACAGCAUUGGGAUGCUUUUUGUUUGCUACCUUUAAGCUAAUGGGUAUGCAGUUGUGGAGGAUGAGAAGUGCAUCGAGAUGGGAUUUGAACAAACAAAGGGUGCAUACAAGUUUCCUUGCCCCAGCUACAGAUUCUUCUCUAGAUCCAAGUUUCGAGCCUCUUUGCAUUAAAGGAAAUGCUGUUGCUGGUGGACUUAAGAAGUUGUUGUCAGUGAUUAAGCUGCAGCCCAGGAGCCGCCCAGAUGCUGCAGAUUUGCAAGAUUCUUGCCUUUCUGCCAGUGCAGUGUCAUCUAUGACCACAGUAUUCAAGAGGCCAAUGCCCAUGGAUGAAGCUGAAAACCUUGUUAAGCAGUGGGAAGCUACUAAAGCCGAAGCUCUUGGCCCUAAUCAUGAAAUUCAUGUCCUCUUUGAAGUCCUAGAUGAGUCGAUGCUUNACCCUCUUUGCAUUAAAGGAAAUGCUGUUGCUGGUGGACUUAAGAAGUUGUUGUCAGUGAUUAAGCUGCAGCCCAGGAGCCACCCAGAUGCUGCAGAUUUGCAAGAUUCUUGCCUUUCUGCCAGUGCAGUGUCAUCUAUGACCACAGUAUUCAAGAGGCCAAUGCCCAUGGAUGAAGCUGAAAACCUUGUUAAGCAGUGGGAAGCUACUAAAGCCGAAGCUCUUGGCCCUAAUCAUGAAAUUCAUGUCCUCUUUGAAGUCCUAGAUGAGUCGAUGCUUGUUCAGUGGCAAGCUUUGGCUGAUGAAGCAAAAGCUAGGUCGUGUUUUUGGAGAUUUGUCUUGCUGCAAUUGUCAAUCCUGCGAGCAGACAUUAUAUCAGAUCGGGAAGGUAAGGAGAUGGCAGAAAUAGAGGCUCUCCUGGAGGAAGCAGCUGAACUUGUGGAUGAAUCUAGGCCAAAGAACCCGAAUUAUUACAGCACUUAUAAAAUUCGUUAUGUUCUAAAGAGGCAAGAUGAUGGUUCGUGGAGGUUCUGUGAAAGUGAUAUUCGAACGCCAUCAUAA